UUCCACCAACCCAACCGCUCACUCCUCCCGGACACGCGCGCCGCCUCCUCCCUCCUCGACGCCUUCCUCCUCCUCGCCGACGCACAUGGCGCCUUCCAGGAGGCCCUCCUCCACCUCAGGCACCACGCCGCCGACGUCCAGGCCGCGCUGCGCAGGCGUGACGCCGCCAGGCUCUCCUCCGCGGUGCGCUCCCAGCGCCAAGCACACAAGGACCUCGCCAGGCUCGCCGCCUCCGUGCGCGGGGCCGCCACCAAGUGGCCGGCGCAGCUGCCGUCCUCCGCCACCGUCGCCGAGGUCGAGGUGUCCGGUGUCCUCGCCGACGCGAUGGCCGCUAUCGCAUCAGCGUCCGCGGCCGUCUUCUCCGCCGUCGAGACCAUGUCAACCAUGGCCACCGCGGCGGCCGCGUCCACGUGCUCCUCCUCCUCAUCAUCUUCCAGCAAGACACCACUACUCAUCUCGCUAGUGAGGAAGAAGAACAGAAAGUCGGCUGCUGCCGUCCCCGACGAGGAGAAGGAGAUGGCGGCGUCGGAGAGAAUGGAGGAGCUGGAGGAAUGCAUGGCGGCAAUGGAGAGCGGCAACGACAGGGUGUUCAGGACAAUCCUGCACACCAGGGUCGCUCUCCUCAACACGCAUGCUACCCUAAUUAACUAAUUAAUUACUCUCUGCAUUCCAAGUCCCCAAAUUAACCCAAUCAAGUGUACAUAAUGUUACUAUUUGAACGAAUUGAAGCAAAAGCUCUUGCUCGUUCUAUUAUCUCCUUCUCUCUGCCAGCGUCAAAUAUUUCAACUGCGUUACUUACCGUGAUGCAAAGCAAUAAUACGCCUUAAUCCUUGCUUGUUUGCAGGGGAUCACAA